AUGGUUUCAAUUUCAGAUGUAAGUGUUUCCAUUUUCAUGCAAAAAAAAAGGGUUUUUAUUGGGCUAGUUACUAACAGUUAGCAGACGUUGUCCUUUCUCGACAACCCAAAGAUCAACUGGAAACAAGUCAUCAUUGGCUUCACCGUUGGCCAGUAUGUGUUUGAAACCUAUCUUGAGUACAGACAGUACCAGGUGCUAAAGAACAAGGCUCCGCCCGCGUCGAUCAAGGCCGAGGUCAAGCAAGAGACGUUUGACAAGUCUCAAAAAUACUCGAGAUCCAAGGCCAAGUUUUCCAUGUUUUCCUCCACCGUGGGACUAUUGGAGAACCUCGCAAUCUACCAGUUCAACUUGUUGCCCAAGUUGUGGGGCUGGAGCGACUCCAUAAUGCGCGCGGCUGGGUUCUUAUUGCCGAAACUCAUGGGCGGCGUCAUUACCCAAUCGAUUAUUUUCGUCUUCACCAGCCAGAUCUUGUCAACAAUCGUGGGGUUGCCGCUUAGCUAUUACAGCCACUUUGUCUUGGAGGAGAAAUACGGCUUCAACAAGCAAACUGUGGCCAUUUGGGUCUCUGACAAGUUGAAGUCAAUUGCUCUUUCCAUUGUGCUUGGAUCGCCCGUGCUUGCUGGUUUCUUGAAAAUCAUUGACUAUUUUGGCGACUCGUUUAUUUUCUACUUGAUGGGCUUCCUUUUGGUGAUUAUGUUGAUUGCCAUGACAAUCGUGCCCACAUUGAUCAUGCCCUUGUUCAACAAAUUCACCCCGUUGGAAGAUGGCGAGUUAAAGACGGCUAUCGAGAAUUUGGCCUCGUCGCAAAAGUUCCCAUUGAAGAAAUUGCAAGUCAUCGAUGGCUCUAAACGCUCGUCGCACUCAAAUGCUUACUUUACCGGUUUGCCCUGGAGCAAGCAAAUUGUCUUGUUUGAUACUUUGAUUGAACACAACACCACCGAGGAAACCGUGGCUGUGUUGGCCCACGAGAUUGGACACUGGAAAUUGAACCAUAUCCCCAAGAUGAUUGUCAUGCAGCAACUCCACUUGUUCUUGAUUUUCUCGCUCUUUGGCGCAUUUAUGCACAAUCGGUCCUUGCUCCACUCGUUUGGCUUCUACAAGGAGCAACCAAUCUUGAUCAGCUUUAUGUUGUUUAGCGACAUCUUGCAGCCUUUGGAAUGCAUCUUGACUUUUGCCCAGAACUUGUUGUCGAGAAAGCACGAGUACGACGCGGACAAGUUUGCAUUCGACUGCGGCUAUUCGGAGGAGUUGAGCAGAUCCUUGAUCAAAUUGUCCAACAAGAACUUGUCCAGUAUGAACGCCGACUGGUUGUACUCCUCCUUCCACUACUCGCAUCCGAUUUUACCAGAGAGAUUGAGUGCUUUGGGAUACGUGUCGAGAGAAAAGAUUGGUAGAGACGACACCGAAGAUGAGCCUGUGGUGGUCAAACUGGAUAAACAAGAGUAG